AUGGAGAGGGCCAGCCAACCGUCCCCCGAACUGUCCUUGAUUAAGGAGGAUUUUGGGGAUUGGGGGCCACAGGGCCGGGGGGACGCACCCCCUUCCAGUAGGCUUAGUUCUGACCUGCCCAUAGCAGGCACUCCAGAGCCCAACACUUCAGCAGUGGCCCCCUCCCUGGCUGUCUGCCCCAGCAUCAGCAGGCGGGAGCAAGGCAGGAUGGGCAUAGACCCAAAUGCUCCUCCCUCUACAGCCCGGGCCGCCCCAGUGAGCUCAGGUGUCACCGUGUCCGUGCCCAAGAUCACAUGGCAGGGGAACCGGAGGCGGCUGACCCUCAUUGGCAGCAUCGUCGUGCUCGUCGGCCUGGUCCUGGCCCUCAUCCUCCUGUUCCACUUCUGGAGGGGCCAAACGGGGAUCCACUACCACGAGCCGGUCGAGAGCUGCAGCAAGAGUGCCCGGCGCUGCGACGGGGUGGUGGACUGCAAGCUCGGGAGUGAUGAGCUGGGCUGUGUGAGGUUUGACUGGGACCAGUCCUUACUCAGGGUCUACUCUGGGACUCAGCGGCAGUGGCUUCCUGUAUGCAGCGAUGGCUGGAACAGUACUUAUUCCACCAAGACGUGCCAGCAGCUGGGGUUUCAGAGUGCUUUCCACACGGACGAGGUCUCCAGGAAAGGGUUUGGGGAGAGUUUCUCUGUCUCAGAAUUCCACGGCUCCAUCCAGGCAAGCAUCAACAGGUCUGACUGCCCCUCCCAACGUUUCGUCUCUCUCCGCUGCACAAACUGUGGUAUGCGGGCCAUCACGGGCCGAAUAGUUGGGGGGGCCCUGGCCCCUGAGAACAAGUGGCCCUGGCAGGUCAGCCUCCACUACGGCCCGACACACAUCUGCGGUGGCACCAUCAUCGACUCCCAGUGGGUGCUGACCGCAGCUCACUGCUUCUUUGUGACCCGGGAGAAGAUCCUUGAGGGCUGGAAGGUGUACGCGGGCACCAACAACCUGCUCCAGCUGCCGGAAGCUGCCAGCGUCUCCAAGAUCAUCAUCAACAGCAACUACUCUGAUGAGCACGACGACUAUGACAUCGCCCUGAUGAGACUGGCCAAGCCCCUACCCCUGUCGGCCCAGGUGCAUCCUGCCUGCUUGCCCAUGCACGGCCAGACCUUCAGCCGCGACGAGUCCUGCUGGAUCACCGGUUUCGGCAAGACCAAGGAGACGGACGAGAAGACCUCACCAUACCUGCGAGAGGUGCAGGUGGGGCUCAUUGCCUUCCACCAAUGCAACGACUACUCCGUGUAUGACGGCUACCUGACGCCCCGCAUGAUGUGUGCCGGUGACCUCCGCGGGGGGAGAGACUCGUGUCAGGGCGACAGCGGGGGACCCCUGGUGUGUGAGGUCAACAACCACUGGUACCUCACGGGGGUCACCAGCUGGGGCACGGGCUGCGGGCAGAGGAACAAGCCUGGCGUCUACACCAAGGUGACCGAGGUGCUGGACUGGAUAUACAGCAAAAUGGAGAAGGAAAUGAGGUCCGGGAAUCUCUGAGUGGAGGCCCUGUGUGCCACCUACAGCCCCGAAUGAGAAGACUUCUGG